AUGGACGCUGAACUCUUCGCAAACAUGGACCGCUGUCCCAUGUACGCCUCCUUCUUUGGCGCAAUGGGCUGCGCAUGCUCCAUCGUCCUCACAACCUUUGGCGCAUCAUACGGUACUGCAAAGUCCGCCGGCGCCAUAUUCCAGUCUGGUAUUAUGCGACCAGACAUGUUGAUGCAGAACACACUGUGUGCCAUCAUGGCCCAGAUCCUCUCCAUCUAUGGUCUCGUUGCAAGCGUCAUCAUGUCCAACAACAUCAGGGAGAAGAUGCCUAUCUACACAGCGUUCCUACAGCUCGGUGCCGGAAUCUCCGUUGGGUUGUGUGGUAUGGCUGCUGGUUUUGCUAUUGGUAUCGUUGGAGAUGCCGGAGUCCGUGCAAGCGCGCAGCAGCCGCGUCUCUAUAUCGGCAUGGUCCUCAUCCUCAUCUUUGCAGAGGUGUUGGUAUUAUACGGCGUUAUUGUCUCCAUCCUGAUGCUCACCCGUUCCACACAGGAGCCUACCGAAUGCAGGUUCUAA